AUGGGCAACGUCCACAAGGUCGCCAUAGCAACCGACUGCAGGGACUUACACUUUGUCAAUGUCUCCACGGGGUUUCAUAGUGUCCCAACUGCUCUUUGCUACUGGCAUGAUGUUCAGUGUCCAGAACGAGCCUCUCUGCUGCUACUGGGGGAUGAAAAAGGAGGAGUCCACCUCAUGUGGUUCCUGAAUCCAUUGAAAGGUCUUUUCAAGAAUCUGUCCAACAAAGAGAAAGGUCUACAGAGGAUCUUUUUCCCAGACCUGGGUGAACACAGCAACAUGGUCUCCUACCGUCACAUGCCGAACAUCCACCAGGAGCCAAUCAACAGGGUGAUGUUUGAACCCAGCGCCAACGUCAUUAUGACAUCAUCAGAAAGUAACACCACCUCUGUGGUCUUUAUGAGUGUGACACUGAAGCAGGAGCCUUACAUUUGGAAGUGUAAGCAGGGAGCCAAAUGUUUCGACUACAAUGCGUCUCUGCAGUUGCUGGUGACAGGAGGUUGUGACCGAGCAGUCAGACUCUGGACCCGAUUUGUGACCACACGUCCCGUCGCUACGCUGCUGGGUCACCGCACCAACUGUGUUGGAUAG